AUGAAGCCGGUGUUAGUCCUCCUUGUUUCCACAGCCUGGACAUUCACGGGAGCCCAGUAUUACUACCAGGGGCUGAUGGAUUAUCUGGAGAACAGGUUGUUGGCUAUUGAGGACCGCAUGCAGUUUUGGCAUGAACAGUCCCGUCGCUACCACACAGAGCUGCUGGACUUCAAAAAGCUAACUGCUGAGACCAUGGAUGGGCUGAGGAAUGAGCACAGCAUGCUGUUCAAAGACCUGGAGGGAGCUGCAGUCCGAGUGGACCGGGUGGAGCGAGAGAUGGACUACGUGGAAACUCAGACUUCGCCCCGGGCCUGUGCGAAUAAGGCAGACAAGGUGGUGGAGCAGGGGGUCUGGGGACUGCAGGAGAGCAGAGGAGUGGAAGAGGAGGAAGACGAUUGGGAGGAGCUCCACUCCAGAGUCUCUGACUGUGUGGAAAUCAUCUCUGGCAUCAGAUCAGUGAAAAUCCUGAAGAGAGUGGGCGGUCCCAAGGGCGUGUGGACCAGAGACCCCAGGUCAUCCAAGGUGUACGUCUUUAAUGGGACAUCAGGAGACAUUAUCUACCAGUUCAACUCGGUACGUGACUUUUCCCGCUCUCCAGGAGUCACUAGCAGCAGACAGAUCAGGCUGCCCUCUGAUUGGAGCGGUGCUGGUGGUGCUGUUUAUAACGACUACUUGUAUUACAUACAACAGGAGGGUGAUAUAGACUUGCAGGUGGUCAAAUAUGACCUGCUUAGUGGCUCAGUGACAGAUAUCGCCAUGUUUCCUGUGGACAGUCACGCUACUGUUUACAGCCUAAACUCAGAAACUGUUGCAGACCUCGCAGUGGAUGACGAGGGCCUCUGGCUCCUGUACGCCACCAGUGACAGUGAACCAAACAUCAACCUCGCAAAGAUGGACCCUGCCACGCUCGAUAUAGAACAAAUCUGGGACACCCGGUGCCCGAGGGAGAAUGCGGAGGCGGCUUUCGUUGUCUGUGGAACUGUCUACGUCGUUUACAACACCCGCCUGCCCAGCCGCUCCCGGGUUCAGUGCGUGUUUGAUGUCAACGACAUGGUGAUCAGCGAGGAGGCUCCCCUGCUCUACUUCCCCAGGAGGUACGGCGCCCACGCUAGUCUGAAAUACAACCCCGAGGAGAAACAGCUCUACGGCUGGGACGAUGGCUACCAAAUAAUUUACAGGCUGACCAUGAAGAGGAAGCUCUUGGUUUGACAGCAGGGAGGUGGUGUCAUUUUUUCAAAGGCAAGGAUAAAAAAUAGGAGCUUGUAUCCACCUUAUUCCUAAUCCCAUGACACUUUGCAUGAGUUACGGGACUUGCAGUUAUUACUUUAACAGAACAGACGUCUGAAAUUGUUAAUGAUGUGCAACGUGU